UCUUCACUUAAUCACUAUCUCUCCUCUGUCCUCUUCCCUUGUCCUCUCUGUCUUGUCUGCGUCACAGUCCAUUUCUCUCUCUCUCUCUCUCUCUCUCUCUCUCUGUGUCAAUGCAUAAAAGAAAGAACCACCUUCCAUUGUCACCCUGAUCCUUUCUUUAACGAAACUACCUCUCCGCAAAAUAGAAAAUGCGGCCUUUGUGGCCGUUCUUGAUCUUGGCAGUUCUGCUUUCUCUGUCGGUGGUUUACUGUGUUACUCUUCUUCCUCUUCACAGGGCUUUUCCUUUGAACCACCCACUCGAACUCGACCAACUCAGGGCUCGGGAUAGAGUCAGGCAUGCCCGCCUCUUGCAGGGCCUGGUUGGCGGAGUCGUCGACUUCUCAGUUCAAGGAACUUCCGAUCCUUAUCUCGUCGGACUCUAUUUUACAAAAGUGAAACUGGGCUCUCCUCCAAGAGAAUUCAAUGUGCAGAUUGAUACAGGAAGCGAUGUCUUGUGGGUUACAUGCAGUUCCUGCAGCAAUUGCCCACAAUCCAGUGGCCUUGGAAUUCAGCUCAACUACUUCGAUACUUCCAGCUCGUCAACUGCUGGGCUAAUUCCAUGUUCACACCCUAUUUGUACUUCAGAAAUUCAAACCACAGCAACUCAAUGCUUCUCUCAGAGUAAUCAGUGCAGUUACUCAUUCCAAUAUGGAGAUGGGAGUGGGACAACGGGUUAUUAUGUAUCUGAUACAUUUUAUUUUGAUACUGUAUUUGGAGAGUCCUUGAUUACUAACUCUUCAGCAAUCAUUGCCUUUGGAUGUAGCACCUACCAGUCUGGGGACUUGACUAAGACAGAUAAAGCAGUUGAUGGAAUAUUUGGAUUUGGCCAAGGUGAUCUCUCCGUCAUAUCACAACUGUCAUCCCAUGGGAUAACACCCAGAGUAUUCUCGCAUUGCUUGAAAGGAGAUGGUAGUGGUGGUGGCAUAUUGGUUCUUGGUGAGAUUUUGGAGCCAGGAAUAGUUUAUAGUCCCCUUGUGCCAUCACAGCCUCAUUAUAAUUUAAAUCUUCAGAGUAUUGCUGUCAAUGGACAAUUGUUACCGAUUGAUCCGGCAGCAUUUGCAACAUCAACUAACCGAGGAACUAUUGUUGACUCUGGAACAACUUUGGCAUAUCUUGUGGAAGAGGCUUAUGAUCCUUUUGUCAGUGCUGUAACUGCUAUGGUCCAACCAUCUGUGACCCCCACAGUAUCUAAAGGAAACCAGUGUUAUCUAGUCUCCAACAGUGUAUCUGAGGUAUUUCCUCCAGUCAGUUUAAACUUUGCUGGUGGUGCAUCUAUGUUGUUAAAACCGGAAGAGUACCUUAUAAAUCUUGGUUUCUAUGGUGGAGCUGUGUUAUGGUGCAUUGGUUUUCAGAAGGUUCAAGGAGGAGUAACAAUUUUAGGAGAUCUUGUUCUGAAGGAUAAAAUUUUUGUCUAUGAUCUGGCCCGUCAACGAAUUGGAUGGGCUAACUAUGACUGCUCAUUAUCUGUGAAUGUCUCUUUAACUUCUAGCAAGGAUUUCAUCAAUGCAGGACAACUGGGUGUGAGCAGCUCAGCAAGAGACAUGCUGUUCAAGCUGCUACCUCUGAGCAUCAUGGCUCUCCUAAUGCACAUAUUAGCAUUGACGAAUCUCAAGUUUUUGUAAUUAAACCUCAGGUUUGAAGUUCAAUUCUUUGUCCUUGUUGGACUUGGCUUAGCCGGCUUUUAUUCAUGGCAGUCGGCAAGGCUUGUGAUUACGGUGUUAGCUGUUUUUCUGUUACAUAAUUCUUCUCUAGUUCCGAUUGCUGGUAAUUGGGGCACCUUUUAUUCUUCAAAUGGAAAAAAUUUCAGCAUUCUUUGUAAAGGAACCUCCGUCUCGAGUUCUGUCAGAAUUGUAAAUUAUUUUUGCAUUGGGUUGGGUGCUGUAUCAUUACAUUGUUGUUAAGUAGAAGGAAACAUUUUGUCCCAGGAGAAAACAUAUCUUCUGUGGUGACAAGCUUUUGGGAUUGGUAGAGAUAUAUAGAAAUGAUAUCGUCCAAGCUACUCCAUAUUUUCUCAUUUUCUCCUUCUUUGUUACUUGUUGGAUAAUUUGUUUAAGUGUUCAUUUUUUGUGACGUUUUUGUUUUCAUUCAAGAUUGUAAUUCCACGUUUCUCUGAUUAUAAAAGCCCAAAUGAAAUGCAUGAAGCUUAGCCACUACAUUGCUUUUUUA